AUGAUAAAGAAUGUAUUGCUAGACAUGAAAUUUAGCAUACAAAUAAAAAUGCAAGAUGAUAAUAUGGCUACUUUUGAAACUAUGAAAUUUUUUGAAAAUACUAAAACUAUUCAUUAAAUAGCAUUGGAAUAUUUUAAGAAUGAAUCUAUUUAAUUGUUAGGUAAUAGAAUAUUGUAUAAAAAAUCAUAGGCAAUUUAAUGAAAACAUGGGAAUAAUCAUUUGAGAAUUAAAAUGGAAUGUGCAAAGAUAAUUUAGAAUUUUGUUAGACCAUUGAAAAAUUAUCAGAUUAGACUAAUAAAAUUGAAGAUUCUCUUAAUUCAACCCCACAAUUUAAAAAAUACUCUCUAAAAAAGACAGAAGUCUAAUUCUUAAAGCAUUCGAAUUGA